AUGGCGGAGAACGACCACUCGAGAACCGCCCCAUUUUACCAGAUCCCAAACCGCCCUCUAGUCUGCGUUGAACAUCCUGCAAUCAUCAGGAAUGUCGACAAAGCAAUCGAUACGCUGCAAGGAAACGCAGGCAUUAAGAAGAUCCUGGACCCGCCCAAGCCGGAUGCUUCAGCUAGUCUAUCGCUCCGGCCGGAGGACGUAAUGGCAAGGCCACUGCAGUCUAUCUGCUCGCCCUCGAACAACAUUCUCCUCCAGGUGACUGUUCCCAAACGAACGGGGCGAAAGCGCAAGAGGGGAUCAAAUGAGCCGUUUCAAGAUGACCCGGAUCUCUUAAAGAAUAGUGAUGGCUCACUGCGGCAUACUGCAAAAGACUGCUUACGGAGUUUGCGUGAUAAUGUGGGCAAGUAUCAGGUUGAGCCUGUUGGGUUGGUUGAGCGGACGCAUCUGUUUCGAGGAAUGCCCGACUUUGUCUUCUCUACAACCCCCAGCCCCUUCGCCAACCGCUUCCGCGAAAAGAUCCUCCCAUUCAACUACCACAAGAUGAAAGAGUUCGAUCUCGACAUGAGCAAAGGCGCCCUCCAAAACGUCGACCUCAUCCCCCCUCCUUCCUUCAGCCACAGCGACAUCCCCUUCCACUACUUCUACCGCCAGAACCCAACAGUCCGCCAAACCCUCGACAAAGCAGGCAACCCAACCACAGUGAACACCCAAACUUCCGCCAAAGUCCUCACCCACCUUGUCCCCUACGACAUCGACCCAGUCCCCCAAGGACCCCGCGCCAACCUCCCCCCCAUCGAAUCCCUCGACCCCGUCCUCAAAGAGACAAUAGCCAUCAUCCUAAACCUCUUCGAGUCCCGCCCCGCCUGGUCCCGCCGCGCCCUCCGCAACAACCUCAAAUCCAUCGAGCAGCGCUACGCCCUCCGCCACGCAGUCCCCUACGCAGGGUACAUCUUCCGCUCUGGGCCCUGGCGCGACGCAAUCAUCGCAUUCGGCCACGACCCCCGCAAGGACCCCGCCUCCCGCAUCUACCAAACAACCAUGUUCCGCAUCCUCCCAGGAACCUCCGAGACCGCCCGCGACCGCGACACACGCGACCGCGAAGCCGGCGGCGGCCGCCGCCACACGCUCCUCCCGCGCGCCAACGAUCUCCUCGCAAACCCGGAGGUCUCAACAUCCAGCACAUCGCACCUCUUCACAGGCCAACCACCGCUCCCCCUAGACGGCCGGAUGUGGAUGUUCUGCGAUAUCAUCGACCCGCUGCUCCAGGGCAUCCUGGAGCCAACGCCUCAACCAGCGGACUUUGUACGGCAGGAAUGCGACAUCGCGACGGACGGGUGGUACGGGAACGGCACGAUGGCCAAGAUGAAGAUGAUCAUGCGCCAUAAGAUCCUGGCGAUGUAUGAGGGGCGGAGUCCCGCGAGGGACAGCGAGUACGCGGUUCUCCUGGACUUCCCGGACCAUGCGAGUCCGGCGACGGGGCUGGGCGGGUUCUGGCUUGGGCCUGAUGCUGGGAGUAUGGUCACGGCGUUGGCGACGGAGAUUAGGAGUAUGAUUAAGGCGGCGCCGUCUUGGAGGGAGAGGGCGAUGGCUAGGACGGCGGCGAGGAAGGAGGGUAGGGGGGUUGGGGUGGGAUUGGUGGAGGGGGAGGGAGAUGGUGCGGAGGAAGAGGAUGGCGCUAUGGGUGAGGCGGCGGAGGAUAGCGAGGGUGAAGAGGAGGCGAUUGAGCAGGAGGAGAUGAUGGAGGCGGCGGCGGAGGCUGUGGAUGAGGCUGCGAAGAGGAGGGAUGAGGAGGAUGAGAAUGAGAAUGAGGUUGAUGAAGAGGAUGAUGGGAAUGAGAUUGAUUGA